GCGCAGAUAAGGCAUUAAUAAAAGAAGAAGAAAGAAGAAGACUUCCAUGCUAUCAAAAUUUUUGGAUGAAUUGGUAAUUUUUUUACCGAUUAUGUUUAUUCAUUUUGAUAUCGGUAUAUCGUUGCAUUGCAUCCGAUCCAUUCAAACUUAUUUUCCUUCUGUGGUCUGUGUCAAAGAGUAAAGUAAAAAUCAUUUUUCUACUUUACUCUUUGUUAUUUUCAUUUUCAGAAUCUUCCACCGCACCGCGCUAUAUUUUAAUAUUUUAUAUUCUGCUUUAUACGGUUAUUGUGAAAGACUAUCAUGGUUUUUAUUUAUGAGUGUUAUUAAAUAUUAUUUUAGAAAAAAUAAACCUUGAUUUGGUAAGAUUUACAUAAUAAUAGUAUGAUGGAAAGGUUAUGUUUCGAAUUGGUUAAAUCAUAAUUAGUAAUUGAUAACAUAAAUAAAUUCCACAUUAUUUUUUACAGGAAACGAAAAUGAAUAUGAAUUCAAUUUUUGCAUCGGGUCUCAAGGGAUUGCCAUCUGUAGACCCUGACUCUGUACAAUUUCUUAUGUUCACCGAUGAGGACAUUAAAAAGUUGAGUGUCGUAAAAAUAACCAGUACCACAUCGUUCGAUUCUUUGGGUAAUCCGGUCCCAGGAGGGCUGUAUGAUACUGCAUUGGGGCCAACUAGAGAAAGGCAGGAACUCUGUGCCACAUGUAGCAAUGUGUUACUUCACUGUCCAGGUCAUUUUGGUCAUAUUGAGUUGCCUUUGGUUGUAGUUAAUCCACUGUUUCUCAGGAAUAUCUACACAUUGUUUCGUAUAAGCUGCUUAAAAUGCUUUAAAAUACAAAUGGAUGAUAACACAAAGUUAUUACUAAAGCUUCAGUUACAGUUGAUUGAGGUAGGCUAUGUUACAGCUGCUUUAGACUUAGCAGAAAUUAAAGAAAUAGAAAAUGAAAGCUCACCCGGUAAAACUAAUAAGCAAAUCAAAAAGUACCAGAAGUUACUGAAAAAACAUGAUCCUAUUACUGAAGUGUUUCAUAAUAAAAAUACUGAUAGGGUGCGUUCAAAAAUAUUAAAUAAUUACUUCAAAGCACUUAGUAUUAUGAAAAAAUGUAUGUAUUGUCAAAAUAAACUGAUCAAAGUCACAACAUCUGAAGGCAAACUUAUGCAAAAUUAUAGUGCAGACAAAUCUGAAAAAGGUAUAAAAAUUUUGAUGCCAGAUGAAAUAAAAACAAUCUGUACAAAUAUUGUUAAUAAUGAUGAAGACUUGCUUGUAUCUUGUUUACCUAUGUUGAAAAAUGCUAAUGUCAAGCCGGUCACCGAUAUAUUCUUUAUGAAAGUGGUACCUGUGCUACCACCUUGUGUGAGACCAUGUAAUGUACUUCGGGGAGAAUUAUUGGAGCAUCCUCAAACCAAUGUUUAUAAGAAUAUUCUUAAUACUGCUUUUUCUGCACGAGUUAUUCUACAAGUACUGUCAUCUCCUGAUGAAGAUCAAGCUGUAAGCAAUCUAGACAAUAAACCGAGGAGAAGUUACGAAACUGUUAAUGGAAAAUCUGCAUCUGAAAAACUACAUAUUGUGUGGCAGGAGUUACAGAAAGACAUAAAUUGUCUUCUAAGUUGUGAGGGUCAAGGAGCAACUAGUCUUGGCAUUAAACAAAUCUUAGAAAAAAAAGAAGGCCUAAUAAGAAUGCACAUGAUGGGUAAAAGAGUAAAUUUUGCAGCUCGUUCGGUUAUUACUCCUGAUCCAAAUGUAGAUAUUGAUGAAAUUGGUAUUCCUGAUGCAUUUGCAAAGAAACUCACAUAUCCAGUGCCAGUCACUGAAUGGAAUGUUGAUGAAUUGAGAAAAAUGGUAAUCAAUGGGCCUGACGUUCAUCCAGGCGCUGAAAAAUUGGAAACUGAAAAUGGAAGGAUUAUUAUGAUACCUAGUACAAUUCAAAAGAGAAAAAGUCUUGCUAAACAGCUAUUAACACCUGGAGAAAACUUCAAACCUUCAGGCUUGAAAGUUGUACAUAGACAUUUAGUUAAUGGAGACAUUCUGAUAUUAAAUCGUCAACCAUCUUUACAUAAACCUAGUAUGAUGGCUCAUAGAGCACGAAUUCUUAAAGGAGAAAAGACUCUCAGGUUGCAUUAUGCAAAUUGUAAAUCUUACAAUGCUGAUUUUGAUGGUGACGAAAUGAAUGCUCAUUUUCCACAAAAUGAAAUAGCUAGGAGUGAAGCUUAUAACAUUUUGUCUGUCAGAAAACAAUAUCUUGUGCCAAAAGAUGGCACACCAUUGAGUGGAUUAAUUCAAGAUCAUGUUAUUUCUGGAGUGAAAAUGUCUUUAAGAGGAACAUUUUUUACAAAAUCAGACUAUCAACAAUUAGUAUUCCAAGCACUAACAAAUCACAAAGGUGAAAUUAAACUCCUUCCACCAACUAUUUUAAAGCCUGUUAGAUUGUGGUCAGGAAAACAAGUCUUGUCUACUAUUAUAAUCAAUAGUAUACCAAAGGGGAAGCCAUAUCUAUCAUUAGAAGGAAAAGCUAAAAUUAACGCAAAGGCUUGGCAGAAAUAUCCUCCCAGACCUUGGAAAGCUGGGGGUAGUAAAUUUCUGAAUGGAGACAAUAUGUCAGAAGCUGAAGUCAUCAUUAGAAAAGGAGAGCUUUUGUCUGGUGUGUUAGACAAAACACACUAUGGUGCAACUCCUUAUGGCUUAGUUCACUGCAUGUAUGAAUUAUAUGGAGGUGACAGUUCUAGUGCCCUAUUAAGUUCAUUUUCAAAAGUUUUUACAUUUUACUUAGAAUGGAUUGGAUUUACCCUCGGUGUCAAAGACAUUCUUGUGGUUGAAGAAGCCAAUAAAAAACGUCAUGAAAUAGUAUGUCUGGUUCGUCAGGCUGGACGAUUGGCCGCCCUAAAGGCAACAGAACUGCCUGGAGAUGUAGAAGACGUUCAAAUAAAUGAAACUAUUGGUGAGAUGUUAACAAAAGAUCCAAAAUUUAGGGCCAAUUUGGAUAGACAGUACAAAAACAUGCUUGAUUCUUACACAAAUAACAUAAACACAGUUUGCUUGACAGAAGGCUUACUUGAAAAAUUCCCUUACAAUAAUUUGCAAUUGAUGGUUCAAUCUGGAGCUAAGGGGUCAACCGUGAACACAAUGCAGAUUUCAUGUUUACUUGGUCAAAUUGAAUUGGAAGGUAAAAGACCCCCUUUGAUGAUAUCAGGACGGUCAUUGCCAAGUUUCCCACCAUAUGAUAUCUCUCCCAGAGCAGGUGGUUUCAUAGAUGGGCGUUUUAUGACCGGUAUACAACCUCAAGAAUUCUUUUUUCACUGCAUGGCUGGUCGUGAAGGUCUUAUUGAUACUGCUGUCAAAACCAGUCGUUCUGGAUACUUGCAGCGAUGUUUGAUAAAACAUUUAGAAAGCUUAAAUGUUGCUUAUGAUCACACAGUAAGAGACUCAGAUGGCAGUGUUGUCCAAUUUGCUUAUGGUGAAGAUGGUCUCGAUGUAUUAAAAUGCCAAUAUUUAAAUAGUAAACAACUGCCAUUUCUGGAUAAAAACUCCAACGCCGUUAUAAAUAAAUCAACAAUAAAGAAAUUAAAAGAAAAUAUUGAUGAAAAAAGUAUUGCUAAAGUCCAAAAAAGUUUUAAAAAAUGGAAAAAGAAAUAUGGCAACCCAUUUGAAAAAGUCCGUGUUAGCGGCUUUACUCAAUUUAGUGCUCAAGCUAAAGAUGAUAUUGUUCUUGAUAAAUCUCCAUCAGACAAAAGCAGAGAUCAAUAUUAUUGGGAACUAGAAAAAAUGUGGCGAUCUCUAGAUGAAGAUGAUAGAAAUCAAUAUAACAAAAAAGCUUGUCCUGACCCAAUGCCUAGUAAAUAUUCUCCAGAAUACAAAUUUGGUGUCAUAAGUGAAAAAUUAGAUAACAUUAUACAACAAUAUUUAAAAAAUCGUUCUGAAAGUGUAUUUGAUAGUAAUACAGACAAAGAAAAGUUUAUUGAAGUAAUGAAUGCUAAAUAUCUCGCCUCAAUGGCUGCUCCAGGUGAGCCUGUGGGACUCUUAGCUGCACAAUCAAUAGGUGAACCUUCUACACAGAUGACACUGAAUACUUUUCAUUUUGCUGGUCGAGGUGAUAUGAAUGUCACUCUUGGUAUUCCGCGUCUUAGAGAAAUCUUAAUGACUGCAUCAGCAAAGCUUAAAACGCCAAACAUGGACAUACCUCUUCGAGCUGACAUUCCAGACAUACAAAAGAAAGCUGAGAAAUUGAGACAGAAACUUAAUAGAGUCACUGUGGCUGAUGUUCUUGAAAAGAUUGAUGUACAGUGUGAAAUAGUCACAGAGCCUGAUAGGCAAUUGAAAACAACAAUGCGUUUUGUAUUUUUACCACAUGCACAAUAUAAACCACAGUAUGUAGUAAAACCUAAGCAAAUUAUAAAACACAUGGAGAGAAAGUUUUUUGAAGAAAUGUUUGGUGUAAUUCGCCGACAUGCAAAAGCUACUUGUGGUGUGCUUUGGUCUUCUGAGAAAAAACAAAACCGUGCUAAAAACAAUGACGAAGAAGAUGACGAAGUCCCAGCAGAAAAAGAUCAAGCUGAUAAUGCCUACGAAAGUUCUGAUGAUGAAGGACCUAAUGAAGAUGAUGACAAUACUGAUGCAAAAAUCCGUAAGAAGAGGUCAGAGGAACAAGAGUACGAAGACCCAGAGUCUGAUGAAGAAGACAAAUCUGAAGACGAAAUAGAAAUCGUUGAAGAAGACUUAAACAAAGACAGCGACGAAAUACAGGAAGUGAAUAAUGGUGAAGCUGAGGUAACAUCUGAAGACACGAAGGUAAUGGCCAAUGUUGUUGAUAGAUUAAAGGAAGCAACCAAUUACACAUUCGACACAAAAAAAUAUCUUUGGUGUGAAUUAACUGUCAAUUUCCCGAUUGAGUUUUUAAGAGUUGAUUUACCACAGGCAAUGAGAGAAGCCGCUGCGAAAUCGAUCGUUCAUGAAGUGAAAAACAUAAAAAGGGCUAUAGUUAAUAAAGAGAAAGAUAUCGUUUAUAUAAAAACUGAAGGCAUUAACAUUCUACAAAUGUUUAAAUAUAACAAUCUUCUUGAUAUGAAUAGAUUGUAUAGCAACGAUAUUCACGCUAUAGCUAAUACAUAUGGAAUAGAAGCAGCCAAUAAAGUUAUAAUAAAGGAAAUUCAAAAUGUAUUUAAUGUAUACGGUAUUACGGUUGAUCCUAGACAUUUGUCGCUUGUUGCCGAUUAUAUGACGUUCAAUGGAGUGUUCGAACCAAUGAGUCGGAAAGGUAUGGAAUCAUCGGCAUCGCCACUUCAGCAAAUGUCGUUUGAGUCCUCGUUGAUAUUUUUGAAAGAUGCUGUUAUUAAUUCAAAGAAAGAUAAUAUACGUUCGGCUUCUAGCUGUCUUAUGGUAGGGCAGCCGUGCCGGAGCGGUACAGGUGCAUUUAGUUUACAACAUUAUAGCAAACUUAUAGAAUAGGAAUAGCAUUACUUAAGUGUAAUUAUUUUGUUAAAUAAACCAUAUUUUGUUAUACCUGUUGAUUUAUUUUAAAAAACUCUGUUGGUUUUAAAAUUCAGUUGAAUAAUAAAUUAAAGAUUCCAGUUCUAA